GCGGCGGAGCCGGCGGCGGCGGCCAUGUCCCGCCGGGGCCCCGCUGAGCUCUUGACGUGGGACUCGGGCAGCAGCGAGCGCGUGCCGGUGCAGGCCAUGGGGCCGCGGGCUGCCGCAGGGCAGGCCAAAGCCCACACGCAGCAGCUGCAGGAGCUGCGGAGCAGGACGGAGAGGGCGGAGCGGAGGCUCCUGGCCUGCGAGAACCUAGUUGGGGAGCUGGGCAGCCAUGUGGCCGCGCUGGGCACCCUCCUCCAGGGCUACGGCCAGCUCCAGCAGCGCCUGGACAAUGUGGAGAACCUGCUGAAGAACAGGAACUUCUGGCUUCUGCGGCUGCCGCCGGGCACCCGAGGCGAAGUCCCCAAGGUGCCAGUCACAUUUGAUGAUAUUUCCGUGUACUUCAAUGAGCAGGAGUGGGAGAGACUGGACAGCUGGCAGAAGGAUCUGUAUAGAGCUGUGAUGAGGGGGAACUAUGAGACCCUGAUCUCCUUGGACUACGCUGUGUCCAAGCCUGACAUCCUGUCCCGCAUGGAGAGGGAUGAAGAGCUCUGCACCAAAGAUAUUGAGGAGCCCCCACAGACAUGUGUCCAGGACAGUCAGGAGCCCUCACAGACAUGUAUCCAAGACGGUCAGGAGGCCCCACAGACGUGUAUCCAAGAUGGUCAGGAGCCGCCGCAGCCACCAGAAGAGACAGACUGGGAGGAGGAUGCGCUGGGAGAAGAUGAAGUCCCCAUGGAAGCUGACACAGACUACGGUGUAUCCAAGCCUGACAUCCUGUCCCGCAUGGAGAGGGAUGAAGAGCUCUGCACCAAAGACAGUGAGGAGCCCCCACAGACAUGUACCCAAGAUGGUCAAGAACCCCCACAGACGUGUAUCCAAGACAGUCAGAAUCCCCCACAGCCACCAGAACAGACAAACCAGAAGGAAAAGGAAUUGGAAGAUGAAACCCCUAUGGAAGCUGACACAGAACUCCCUAUCUUGGUGAUGAAUGUCAUGUCCCUGAGUGCACAAGAAGAGGAGUUGAGCAGGGAGAAUCAGCCAGAGACAGAGGUGGAAGAGGACCCAGUUGAGUUCAGUGCCAAGGAAGGCUUUUCACUGGAAAAUGAAACAGCCUGUGAUGGGACUUCUCCUCUGGAGAAUGUGGAAGUGAAGAAGGAAGCACCCGAGGCAUUGCAAGAGGUUUCCACACCCUCUCCUGACCUAGAAAUCCAGAAAUGCCCAAAAAAGGAGGAGACCAAGGCCAAGAGCAAGAAGAAGCCAAACAGGUGUGCAGCUAGCAGCCUGCUGAUGGGAACCUGUCGGCGGGGCUAUGUACGGGAGUGGUCGCACCCCUGCACAGAGUGUGGGAAGCGAUUCCGUCUGAAAAUCAACCUCAUCAUCCACCAGAGGAGCCAUGCCAAAGACGGGCCCUAUGAAUGCACGGUGUGCGAGAUCAGCUUUGCAGACAAAAGCCAUCUGGACCUGCACCAGAGCAUCCACACGGAAGGCAGGGCUUUUGGGGCCAAGGUCUGGGGGAACGUCCAUCCGGAGUUGAGGAUCGGGCCGAGGAAGAAGUUCUGCGGGGCUCUCUAUGGAGGCGCCUACAGUCUGGAUCACAGGGCGCGCACUGGGGAGUCCUGGCUGGGCCAGGCAAAGAAUGAACCGGACGCAAGGAGCCUGCCCAGCACGCAUUUCUCCCAAAACCACAGACGCAGGACACAUGACAAGUCUCUGCUGAAGUGCAAUGUUUGCCGGAAGAGUCUCUCGUGCCCGUUUUCCCUUCGGAGACACCUGCAGACCCAUGCCCGUGACAGACCAUAUCACUGCAGUGACUGCAAGAAAUCCUUCACCCGCAGAACGCACCUUUCACGCCACCAGAAAAUACACGACCGCCAGAAAGCCCUGGAGGAUAUGGUCCAACAGAAAGCCCUGGAUAUGGUCCAACAGCCCAAGACAGCCCAGUCCAAGGCUGUCCUGCCUGUGCCCAAGCAGCCCCAGCAAAGGGAAGCCCUAGGGGUACCCAAAGAAGAGGAUGUUCCUUGCUCACUGAAUCAUGCAUCGAAGAGUGAUGUUAGUCCUGCACCCACUGCAACCGAAGCUGAUGCUCUCUUGGUCAGUCCUGCAAAUCCCGUACUUUCAGAUAGGCACUGCCAAAUCCACCACUUUGGUGGGAGAGCAAUCCAGCCUGUUGUAAGACUAGGAAAUAGGGCUGUGGUUUUGGGCACGACUGAUAAAUGCAGCGAGGACGGCAGCCCGGCGCCUGAUUCAUUCCCGGCUGUUCCUCACGUCUCUGCUCAAAGCGAUGUGAUGACUGAAAGCACCAAACGAAAGAAGUUGCCGGAGCGCCGCUUUUCAAGAUGGCGGCGCCCUGCCUCGGCGGAAACUGGCGGCGGACAUGUUGGCUACGGGCAGCCCUCGGCGGUGGGCGGGGCCGCGGGACGCUCCCGGCGUGCAGCGCGGCACGUUCCCGGCGUGCAGCGCGGCGCUGCACCGGCUCCUGCCGGGGCCAUGGCCGCCUGGGCGCCGCCGCAGGCACAGGGAUGGGACUCGGGACCCCGCUGCCCACUGCCUCUCCAACCUGCCGCUGUCCUGGAACAAACACGUCCCCAAAACACGGAGGUUUCCACGCGAACCCUCGUGGCAGCAAUCCAAGCUGUGGAGAGGAAGCUGGAUUCCUUUGCCACACGGUUGCUAGACCUGGAAGGGAGAACAGGGGCAGCUGAGAAAAAAAUACUUGACUGUGAGAAAACAGAGAUGGAGUUUGGGAACCAGCUGGAGAGCAAAUGGGCUGCGCUGGACACCCUCCUCCAGGAGUACGGGGUGCUCCAGCGGCGCCUGGAGAACAUGGAGAACCUGCUGAAGAACAGGAACUUCUGGAUCCUGCGGCUGCCCCCCGGUGUUAACGGAGACAUCCCGAAGGUCCUGGCAGCAUUUGAUGACAGUACAGUCUUCCCUCAGGAGGAGCGGGGAGGCCUGGAGCACCAGCAGGAGGAGUGGUACAGGAACGCGCUGAGAGGGAGCUGCGAGCCCCUGAUCUCGCUAGACUAUGCCAUUUCCAAGCCCGAUGUUCUGUCUCGGCUUGAGCGAGAAGAGCCGCGUCGGCGGGAGCGACCCAGCCAGGAGGGGAGAGUGAGCUCGGCAGACCCCAGCGCAGAGCCUCUGAGCUGCAGCCUGGAAGUCUCUCUGCAGAUCAAGCAGGAGGAAGAGCAGGUCGAAGAAGAUCAGCACGAUGUGGAAGGAGAUGCUCAGGAUACACCCGCAGCAGCAGCAGCAGCUUGGCUGCCCGGCUGGGAGAAGGAGCAGGGCGCGGAGCGGGACGUGACCCAGCUGGAGCCCCCCCAGUCUGCGGCAGGACGGCUGGACGGCAGCGUUUACCCAGGCACGCAGCAGGGCCGGGCAGGUGAGACUCCGCAGAGCCAGGACACAGCACAAACGGGCCCAGGCCCGGAGCGACCUGCGCUGCUGGAGCGAGGAGCCAGCACGGGGGGAGCCGCGGCAGCGAGACUGUUCCCGUGCUCAGCCUGCGGCAGGAGCUUCAGCCGCCAAGAGCUCUUCGGCCAGCACCAGUGCACGGGCCCGGGGCAGCGCCCCGAGGGCCUGGUGCCGCCAGCCAGCACGGCCAAGCCCGCACGCGCGGCCAGCACCCGGGCCUACGUGUGCACAGAGUGCGGCAAGAGCUUCAUCCACCAGUCCACGCUCACCACCCACUACCGCACCCACACCGGCGAGAAGCCCUACCCCUGCGGCACCUGCCCCAAGCGCUUCGGGCGGCUCUCCACGCUGCUGGAGCAUCAGCGCACCCACACUGGCGAGAAGCCCUACGCCUGCGGGGAGUGCCAGAAGCGCUUCGGGCGCCUGUCCACGCUGGAGCAGCACCGCCGCACGCACACGGGCGAGAAGCCCUACAAGUGCGCCCAGUGCGAGAAGAGCUUCACGCGCCUGGCCAACCUGACGGUGCACCAGAACACGCACGCUGGCGAGCGGGCCUACCAGUGCGCCCAGUGCAGCCAGAGCUUCGCCCAGAAGCCCUAUUUCCUCAAGCACCUCCGCAACCACUCCCGGGAGAAGCUCUACGAGUGCUCCGAGUGCACCAAGAGCUUCGUGUGCCACUCCUGGCUCCUGCGGCACGCGCUCACCCACAGCGGGGAGCAGCCGCACCGCUGCGGGGACUGUCCCGAGAGCUUCGUGCAGCACGAGCACGCCCUCAAACACCAGCGAGUGCACGGUGGGGGGUGCCCCUGCCCCACAGCCCCCCGCUGCCCGCCGGCACCCCUUUCCCACAAGGGCAUGGGUGAGGGCCAGGCUUUUUCCCCGCCAGAGCACACAGGCGCUGCGCUAUCCAUGAAGGUAGAGAGUACGGAGUGACGAUGGGGACACAGGGGCGGCUGUCCUGCUGUCUGCCCCACCGCAUGCCACGGGUGUUGCUGUGCAGACUGCACGCGCCUCUAACCGCGCCCCGGGGAGAAGCCACGUGAGGGACUGAUGCCCUAGGGAAGGUACCAUGGUGUUGGGAGUGUUCCUGCGCACCCGUGCAGGGUCUGUGGGGUGGGGGCUGCGGCUCAUGCGGUGUUGCUAUGCUCUAAGCUGCUUCAGCUGUGAAUAAAGACGCUGGGAAGGUG